AUGGUUAAGCUCCAGGAAGUUGAGGACGAACAUUUCAAAGAGAAGCCUGUUCAGCCCAAGAGCGGGGCUCUCUUCGAGAGCGACGACGACGACUUCACAGAUACUGACUCUGAAUUCUCCAGCGAAUCCUACGACGCCCUGCCAGAGGACGAGUCGCUGUAUGAAAGAAUCGCCGCCCUAAAGGAUAUCAUCCCACCACAGUCCCGACACAGAAUCUCUAACUCCCUCUCCUCUCUCGCCUCAUUUGCCAAAUCCACCGUGUCAUUCGGCGGAAAGACGCUCUGGGUUCUGAGCACGAGUGCCUUCCUCCUGGGUGUCCCCUGGGCCUUGGCUCUGGCUGAGGAGCAACAAUAUGUGCAGAUGGAGCGGGAGCAAGGGAUGAUUAAGGGUGCUAAUGAGGUAUGA